GUCUUUCAUGACUGCAACAAGCUAAGAAAAACAAAAGGUAAGGACAAGAACUAAAGUGAGAUAUUGAGAAAAGAUCAAAGAGCAAAGAAAUGAAUUAUUUCUGGGUUCGAGCUUUAGUUCUUGUGGUGUGCAUUUUUCCAGUUUUGGUCCAAUGCAGAGUUCGUAACUACAAGUUUAAUGUGGUGCUGAGAAAUACUACCAGACUCUGUUCAACCAAGCCCAUUGUCACCGUGAAUGGCAAGUUUCCAGGACCCACACUUUAUGCCAGGGAAGACGAUACAGUGCUUGUGAAGGUCGUCAACCAUGUCUCAUAUAAUGUCUCCAUCCACUGGCAUGGAGUUAGGCAACUUCGGACAGGUUGGGCAGAUGGGCCAGCAUACAUAACUCAAUGCCCAAUCCAGACAGGGCAGAGUUAUGUAUACAAUUUCACCCUCACCGGCCAACGGGGAACACUCCUUUGGCAUGCACAUAUUUUGUGGCUAAGGUCAACCGUCCACGGUGCCUUAAUCAUCUUGCCUAAGCGUGGUGUCCCAUACCCAUUCCCUAAACCAGACAAGGAAGUUGUUGUCGUAUUAGCUGAAUGGUGGAAAUCAGACACUGAAGCCGUGAUCAACGAGGCUCUCCAGUCCGGACUAGCUCCAAAUGUCUCGGAUGCUCAUACAAUUAAUGGCCAUCCAGGGUCAGUCACAAGUUGUUCCUCAGAAGGUGGGUUCACAUUGCCAGUCCAAAGUGGUAACACCUACUUGCUACGCAUAAUCAACGCUGCGCUCAAUGAAGAGCUCUUCUUCAAAAUAGCUGGGCAUACACUCACAAUAGUAGAAGUAGAUGCUACCUAUGUAAAACCAGUCAAGCUUGACACAAUUUUGAUUGCCCCUGGCCAAACCACCAAUGUCCUAGUAACUGCUAAUCAAAAUUCUGGAAAAUACUUAGUAGCUGCCUCACCAUUCCUGGACACUCCAAAUAUUACUGUUGAUAAUGCAACCGCGACUGCCACAUUGCACUAUUCAGGCACACUUGCUAAUUCCCCCACAACUCUAACUAUUCCACCCCCACAAAAUGCUACAGCAGUUGCAAACAAAUUUAUAACCUCUCUCCGAAGCCUUAAUUCGAAAAAAUACCCCGCUAAGGUCCCAUUGAAGGUUGAUCAUAAACUUUUGUUCACUGUCGGACUAGGAAUCAACCCUUGUGCUACUUGCAAAGCUGGUAAUGGAAGCCGGGCAGUGGCUUCUGUUAACAAUGUCACAUUUGUUAUGCCAACCACUGCUUUACUUCAAGCACAUUUCUUCAACAUUAGUGGUGUUUUCACUACUGAUUUUCCUGGCCAGCCACCACAUGUUUUUAACUAUACGGGUACUCCACCAUCAGUUUUACAGACCAAUAAUGGGACAAAGGCUUAUAAGCUGUCUUACAAUUCUACAGUUGAACUUGUUCUGCAAGACACUGGAAUCAUUGCCCCUGAGAACCAUCCAGUCCAUUUACAUGGGUUUAAUUUCUUUGCUGUUGGUAGGGGGCUAGGGAAUUAUAAUCCAAAGACAGAUCCCAAAAGUUUCAACCUUGUUGAUCCUGCUGAGAGGAACACAAUUGGUGUGCCAUCUGGUGGAUGGGUUGCAAUCAGAUUUCUAGCAGACAAUCCAGGAGUUUGGUUCAUGCAUUGUCAUUUGGAAGUGCACACAACAUGGGGUCUUAAGAUGGCAUUUGUAGUGGACAACGGAAAAGGACCUAAUGAGUCACUUCUACCUCCUCCAAGUGAUCUUCCUAAAUGCUGAACCACAGAGAAUAUAUUUAUAACCAUACUUGUAGAGAAAGCACCACCUGGAAAAAGAUGGUGGGAGAGACAGAGGCAACUCGAGGAAAGACUUAAAUAGUUCUAAUAAACAACUGAGACAUAAGAUUUAAUUGUUUCUUGAGUGAAUAAAAAUGUUUGCUCAAGCUUUGUCUGAAUAAAUUUGUGCGAGCAUUUUAGUUGUUGAAAUAAAUGUGUUUAUCUUUUUUGCUAAUGGAAGUGUAUUUAUUGGAA